GUAAUUAGUGGUGGAGUAAUAAUACAGUACGCGAUGAUUCUCAAUAGAGUCAACAAAAGAUUCAAAAGUAUAAAUUUUACUUUUUCGAAAUUAGGUAAUUUUAGAUUUAAUACGAUUCAGCCGCAGGAAUUAUUUGUCACUCGAAAAUUUGUUUCUAAUGAUAUCGACAAUCUUAAGUAUGCUUUUAUAGAACUAUGCGAAAUGAGUCAAGAUAUUUCUGAUUUCUAUGGCAUACCAAUUUUGAUUUCUAUUUUUUGUUUCGCUGUGAGAACAAUAUUUACUGUCUAUCUCAUAAUGUUGUCAUUAUUUAAAAUACAAAAUUUAACUAUUGUAUGGCAAGUGGAUGGAACACGUAUGACAUGGAUUGUUUUUCUAUUCAUUGUGUUAACUUCAAGUGUCACUAAAAUAAUGAAACAGAAUAGAAAAUUGGGGAAAACGUUAAAUUUGCUGACGGAUCAGCAUUCAAUGGAUGAGAAAAUAAAAACUAAAUUAUCGAAAUUUUCGAGUGAUCUGUGGUAUUUGAAAUUUGAAUUAACUGCUUGCGAUAUUAUAUCCCUAGAUCGUACGAUUCUAGGAAUCAUCACCGGUACAAUUGCAACUUAUCUCGUUAUUGGUGUACAAUUUGCUCUUAAUGAAUCUUCAGAUUAAUUGAAGAAAUUUAUGAAAGUGAUUUUCAGUGCGUGUCAUGUUUACUUUUCAUAAUUUCUCGAUAUUAUACGCAAUCGAUAAAAAAAAAAAUAGAAUUUUAUCACCAUAUUGACAAAAUUCAGUCUACAUAUUUGAAGAUUUGAUGAAAUUUUUUUCGCGUCUAUUAUUAUGCAUUUUUAUUAAUAGUACAUAUAGAAUUAAUGGAAACAAUAGAUAGCAAAAAUACGGGGGUAAUUUAUUGUAUGAAUACAGUGUAUACAUUGAUUCAGUAUAAAGUGAGCAAAGCAUGAACAAUAAUCACGCGAUGUAUGAAAAAAUAAGUUUCGAAAAUCUAUAAAUUUGAACAUUUGCUAUACAAAUCUUUAAUUGUUUCGUGUUUAUGAUAGCCCUAUAUGUAUAGAAAACACACAUGUUUUGAAAAAGUCAAGCAGGUAGUUGAUGAUUAGCAACGAAGAAGGAAAAUUAUUCUAAUUUUAGAUUGAUACUAUUUUCGAUUUCAUUAAUAAUAAUAAUAAUUACACGGAAAGAAAAUUAUGGCAGCGGUUCCCAUAAUUUUGUGAAAUUUUUUCCUAUACCAUCAUAGGAAUUACGACCAUAAAUUAUGGGAGCGGUUCCUAUAAUUAUAGGAAUGAUUCCCAUAAUUAUAGGAAUAGUUCCUAUAAUUAUGGGAAUGAU